AGAUGACGCUACAACAUCCCUGCAGGGAGUCGUAGACAACUAACAGUACAGCAAAUGAUACGGAAAUUCAGCACUCGGGCAUUAGCCCAAACCAAUAACAUCAACAACAACAACAACCACAAAGACAACGAACAACCAGCAUCUGUGUCUGGUUCACCACCAUCACUAACGUCUUCCUGCGAUUCCUCAACGUCCUCAUCAACGUCGUCAUCAUCUCCGCCAACCGCAAUGUCCAAACCUUCAUCGGCGCCCAGGAAACCCACACCACAUCCCCGAAUCCCUCGGGCCUCAUUGCCACCCACCAUUAUGGAGACGGAAUACGAGAUAAAUUAUGGAUCUUGUGGCACUGCGGUGUUGGGAUCAGACGUGAUGGUUUCUGCUGCUGCUCAAAAGCGGGGUAAUAAUGAUAACAAGCGAGGAAAGCGAGCGAAUAAGGUCGAAGCGAGGCCGUACCGAGAAAUGCCCGUGGAUGUCGGAGAUACGGAAGCUAUAAUUGUAGAUGACGCUGCUAUCCGACGAACGUCGCUGACUUCCACGCACUCGGCGCAUGUGAUUAUCGAAGAGGAUGAGGAAGAAGAUGAGCAGGAACAAACUGGAAAGGAGCACAGAGACAAAAAGACCGGAGGGAAAGGGUCAGAACUGGUGGACAGAGACAAAAUUUGCGGAAGAAUUGGGGAAUUCGGACGCUGGCAGCGGAACUUGCUGCUUUUUUCAGCACUGCUUGGCCUUCCUUUGGCAUGGCACUUGAGUGCUUUUGCCUUUUUUGCACCUGGUGUAAAUCACUGGUGCUCGAAACCCACAGAGUACCCCUUCAUGAACUGGACUGACAGUCAGUGGAAAAACUAUGCCAUCCCUCAUUCUCCAGAGGGGAAUUAUGAGCAAUGUGUGAUGUAUGACCAUGGGGUACUUCCGGAUCCCUUCACCAUUGAUCCAAAUCGUUUCAAUCCAAAGGAUCAUAAUGUGGAAAAAACAGCCAGAAUGAUUCCUUGUCAAUCGUGGACCCAUGAUACAAAUGUAUUCCAUAAAACCAUUGAAGGACAGUGGAACCUUGUUUGUGACAAGGCUUACUUCACCAUGAUUGUGCAAACCAGUUUUAUUGCAGGGAUUUUGUGUGGAGCAGUGGUUUAUGGGCAGUUUUGUGACAGAAUUGGACGGAAACCAGUGGCUCUGAUUUCUGCCUGCCAAGUGGCUCUUUGUGCUGUGCUUGUAUGUCUAUGCAGAGACCUGAGUUUGUUCAUUGUGUUGAGAUUCUUAGUGGCCAUGGGUGCCACUGGUCUCUACUUGUCUUCUUUUGUUUUAUUGGUUGAAGCUGUGGGUGGCAAAGCUAGGACACUGGCAGCCACUGCAUUCUUGAUACCACUGUCAGUUGGAGUGGCUUCUUUAUCAGGGAUUGCCUUUGGGUUGCCAGAUUGGAGAUUGCUGCAGUUGGCCAUAUCUGUUCCCUGUGUCUUACUUUUCUCUUUGUUCUGGUGGUUCCCAGAGUCACCCCGGUGGUUGCUCGCAGCCGACCAGGAGAAACAAGCCCAACAAGUGCUGGGCACCAUCGCGGGCCUCAAUGGUACCCUGCACCCGUCAUCACAGGCCAUCCACUACCCGGAAACCAUGUCCGCAGCGGACGUGGAGGCCGCCAAAGAACUGGAGCACAAAAUAAUGUCCGACUACGUGUCCCGCCAACUGCGCCACGCAUCCCUCACCAGCACCACCUUGGACUUACCACCUGCGACCGCUGGUGGUGGUGGUGCCAGCGGCACUCUGCCACCGUCAGCGUCCACCUUGCUGUCCACUCUGUCGCGCGGCGCGUCAGUUCGGCUCGCAACAAUGCCCAACCGCGCGGGUAGAUGUCACGCCCCGCAACUGGUUGGGGUGUGUCCCAAUUGCGCGCAUGCGGAUUCCUUGGUCAAGUUUGAAGCCUGGGACGCGUCCGUGGUGACUGUGGAUGCGCCUAAACCUAGCGUGUGUCAUUUGGUCGCCACGCCCAGGCUGAGGGCGAGGACUUGCGAGUUGGGGGCCAUUUGGUUCACGCUCUCAGCUGCGUUUUACGCGUUGUGUCUCGUGGGUGGCAAUGUUAUCACGGGGGACGUUUUUGGCAGCAUCAUGGCUGAAGGUGGAAUCCAACUGAUUGCAAACCUGAUGGUGCUUGGGAUCUUGUCAAAAUCUGGAAAACGAAUCCCAUUGUUUCUAGCAGUUCUAGAAACCGGAGCAGCGUGUUUCUUGACAGCGUUUGUCUCACCAAAAACCCUGGGCAUGGAUUGGCCUGUGAAAAUGUUGGCUGUGUGUGGGAAAUUUGGCACUUAUGCAGCAUUUUGCGUGCUGAUCACGUUCACUGCAGAAAUUUACCCAACUGUGCUCAGGAGCAUUGGACUGGGUGCUGGUUUCGCCUCUGGAGCCCUGGGCGCCAUUGUGGCGCCUUAUUUUGUAUCUGUGGGGAAAGUGACGCAUCCUGCAGUUCCAAUGGCAACCCUGGGGGUUUUUGCAAUAAUCGCAGCAUUCUUGGUGUUUCUCCUGCCUGAAACUGCCAGAAACUAUUUGCUGCCUGAAACUGUUCUUCAAGUGGAAGAAGACACGCCCAUGCAGUGUGACAAAGACACGAAAAAAAGUCGGCUAAAGGACCCGAGCAGCUCCACUUGUUGAAUUCAAAAAUCGGCAAGGUUUUUUUUUUUUUUUGUUUUCAAAAUGCUUAUCGUCCGAACGGAAUUUGAAGAACCACCUCAGGCUGUUUUCAGAAAUCAAUUUCUUAGCUUUGAAUGUUGAUCCAGUGUAAAAUAUGGAAUUUUGGUGCACUUGUGUCCUUUCCUAUAGUGAACUAUUCUACGCUAACACGUUUACUUUCGUGGUUUUAAAAAUGACUGAAUGCCUGAACGUAUUUUGAAAUUUAUUUGCGCGACACGCUGGCAACUAUAUUGAAAAAAUUUGGCUUUUUGUUAUAAGACAUGCUCUUUGAAAAAUAAACGCUCAUGAUGGUGAGUGGAAAUGAAGCAGCAUUUGAACUGGGAC